AUGGCCGAUGACCACCACCACCACCACCACCGCCCCCACCGCCUCUCCCUCCCUCAACGCCCCACCACCUUCGCCUCCACCACUCCCACCGCGACCACCUCCCGCCAAUACCCCCUCUACCCCUUCACCCCCUCCUCCACCUCCGUCACUCCCUCCAAACACCGCCUCUCCUCCUCCCUCGCCGCCGCAAACGGCGGAGCCUCAAGCAAAUCCUCACUCUCCUUCCUCUUCCUCCUCCUCCUCUCCCUCCGAUCACUCUACUCCCUCCUCCCCUUCCUCCGCUCCUCCUCCCCUUCCUUCUCUCUCUUCCCCUUCUCCUUCCUCGUCUCCCUCCUCUCCUUCCUCCUCACCCUCUCUUUCUCUCUUCUCACCUCCUCCUCCUCCGCCGCCGCCGCCAAAGACCCCUUCCGCCGUAACCCCACCCAACCCAUCUUCUCCCUCACUCUCAUCUCCCAAUCCCAGCACAAGCUCCUCGUCGCCAAAUCGAUCCUCCUCGCCGCCGUCUUCCUCCUCCGCUUCCAAGCCCUCCGCUACUGCGGCACCGCCGCCAUGAUCCUCGCCGAGAUGUCCGGAAAUGUCGCCGCACGGUUCUUGGCCGAGGGAACCAAACAAAGAACCAUCAAUAAUGAUCGCAACCGCUCUUCCAAGAUUCGCGGGUUCCUCGCAUUGGUGACUGGGCUGUUCUUGCUGUCCAUGAGCUGGGACCGAACACAAUGCUUCCCCUUUUCGGCGAAAUUUGUUUCCAAAUUGGGAGCCGAGGAAUGCGUGAGGUUCUGGCCAAUGCUGCUGCCGUUUCUCUCCGGAUUUUUAGGGUGUUACGAGAGGGUUUCGAUGAAUUGGGGGAGUAUUAGGCAGCUGGGGAGGAAGAGGGUUCGUGUGAUUUCGUUGUUUUUCACUACUGUUGUGCUGUUCAUUCCUGCUGUUGUUAGCGUUUUUAUGUUUCAAGGUGAGGGAGAUGGAGUUUCGAUUGGGAGCAUGGGGUGGCCUUUGGCGAACACUGUUGUUUUCGGCGUGCUUUUGAGCGAGGGGUAUAGUGAUGAGAGGUUGGUGAGUUCUAAAGAUUUUCGGAGGGAGUAUUUGGUUACCUUUUUGUGUACCGUUGUUUUGGAGUUGUUCUAUUUUGCGGAAUUGUCACUUUGGGGGUUGUUGCUUUGUGGUAUGCUGCUUUACAUUGCUGUUAGGGAGUUGGAUCCUUUUGAUUAUCUUGAACUGGGGAUGGAGUCCUCGGAAUCAUUUAGUGCAUCUGUUAUGAAGCCUAUUAGGCAUAUUUUGAGUGAGAGGAAGUCCCGGAAGAUUGCGCUCUUCCUUCUGAUUAAUACUGCGUACAUGUUUGUGGAAUUCAUUGCUGGUUUCAUGAGUAAUAGUCUGGGGCUGAUAUCAGAUGCCUGUCACAUGUUGUUUGAUUGUGCUGCUCUGGCGAUUGGGUUAUAUGCUUCGUAUAUUUCGCGUUUGCCUGCAAAUCAUGAGUUUAAUUAUGGCCGUGGGAGAUUUGAGGUUCUUGCCGGAUAUACUAAUGCUGUUUUUCUGGUUUUGGUUGGCGCACUAAUAGUAUUGGAAUCACUUGAGAGGAUUUUGGACCCUCAGGAGAUGUCGACUAGCAGUUUACUAGUUGUUUCGAUUGGAGGGCUUCUUGUCAAUGUGGUCGGUUUAAUCUUCUUCCAUGAGGAGCAUCAUCAUGCCCAUGGUGGAACUGGAUCAUGCUCCCACUCCCACAGUCAUCAACAUCGGCAUGCAUCUGCUGGACAUAAUCAUGGUGAAAAGAUUGAGGAGUGUAUAGCUAUUUCUCAAGAAUCAUGUGCCAGCCAUGAUCACGAUCACCAACAUGGCAGUUCUGUUGCCUGCAAAGAUCAUCUGCAUGACCGCAGCCACCAGCAUGAUCACCACGACCAUAGCCACCAGCAUGACCACCACGACCACAGCCACCAGCAUGACCACCACGAUCACAGUCACCAGCAUGACCACCACGACCACAGCCACCAGCUUGAUCACAGCCACAAGCACGGCCACCAGCAUAAUGAUCAAUGCAGCCACAGUCACCAACAUGGUCCCGAACUAGAAAGAUUGCCUACUGAAAAAUCAACCAAGCAUCAGCACCAGCACAUUGACCACAACAUGGAAGGAAUAUUUCUGCAUGUUCUGGCUGACACCUUGGGAAGUGUCGGAGUUGUUAUAUCAACGCUCUUAAUUAAAUACAAAGGAUGGCUUGUCGCUGAUCCCGCCUGCUCAAUAUUUAUCUCCGUCUUGAUUGUAUCUUCAGUCAUCCCAUUGCUCAGAAACUCUGCAGAAGUCUUGCUGCAAAGAGUUCCUAGGGCACAUGAGCAGGAUUUGAGAAAAGCUCUUAAUGAUGUUAGGAAAAUAAGGGGGGUUUCCGGUAUUCGGAACAUGCAUGUAUGGAGUUUCACAAACUCAGAUGUAGUGGGAACGCUCCAUCUUCAUGUUUCUACAGAGAUUGACAAAGGUUCUGCAAAAGCUCAGGUAUCGCACUUAUUACAUGAUGCCGGUAUCAAGGAUUUAACAGUGCAGUUGGAAUGUGUCGAGUGAUAGCACUAUUAACUUCUCACUUGUUCAUUGUGUGCUUAAAGUUAUUAAUGCGUUGAGAAACUACUUCAAGUAGUCUGUUGCAGUUACUAAUGGGUUCGUAGAACAUGAGAUAGGUUUUGUCAAACACACUUUUGAUACAAAUAUCAAUGAGAAUUUGAAGAUCAGCAGUG